AUGGCCCAGGGUGCCAUGCGCUUCUGCUCGGAAGGCGACUGUGCCAUCUCCCCACCACGAUGCCCACGGCGCUGGCUCCCCGAAGGCCCAGUGCCCCAGAGCCCCCCAGCCAGCAUGUAUGGCAGCACAGGCUCCUUACUCCGGCGAGUGGCAGGUCCAGGUCCCCGAAGCCGGGAGCUUGGACGUGUGACAGCGCCCUGUACACCUCUGCGUGGCCCCCCUUCACCCCGCAUUGCUCCCUCACCCUGGGCACCCUCUUCACCCACUGGGCAGCCCCCACCAGGGGCCCGGAGCUCUGUGGUCAUGUUCCGCUUUGUGGAGAAGGCCACCGUGAGGCCACUGAAUGGGCUGCCUGCUCCUGGAGGCUUGAGUCGGAGCUGGGACCUGGGUGGGGUCUCUCCUCCCAGGCCCACCCCAGCCCUCGGGCCUGGCUCCCAUCAAAAGUUGAGGCUAGAAGCAUCCACAUCAGACCCGCUUCCAGCUGGAGGAGGCUCAGCUCGUCCUGGCAGCCAGGGCAUUUUACAGGGGCCACCAACUCAACCCCAGGUUGGAGCAGAUGGUCUUUACUCCUCUCUCCCCAAUGGGCUGGGAGGACCCUCUGAGCACCUGGCCACAUUAUUCCGAGGAUCUGCUGACACUGGACUCCCGAACCAGGGGGACAUCUGGUCCUCACCCCGAGAAGUCUCCUCUCAUGCCCAGAGAAUCGCUCGAGCCAAAUGGGAAUUCUUCUAUGGCUCUUUGGACCCCCCCAGCUCAGGUGCUAAGCCCCCAGAGCAGGCCCCCCCAUCUCCACCUGGGGUGGGCUCAGGGCAGGGCUCUGGGGUGGCUGUGGGGCGAGCGGCCAAGUACUCCGAGACGGACCUGGACACGGUGCCCCUGAGGUGCUACCGCGAGACCGACAUCGAUGAGGUGCUGACUGAGCGGGAAGAGGCUGACUCGGCCAUCGAGAGUCAGCCCAGCUCUGAGGGCCUGCCUGGCACUGCCCGCCCACCUGCCCCACGUCCUGGCCCAUGCCUUGGCCCUCAUCCCAGCCUGGGCAGUGGCAAUGAGGACGAGGAUGAGGCAGGUGGGGAAGAGGAUGUGGACGACGAAGUGUUUGAGGCCUCAGAAGGGGCCCGGCCAGGUACUCGAAUGCCUCACUCCGGGCCUCUCAAGUCACCUCUGCCCUUUCUACCUGGGACCAGCCCCUCGGCUGAUGGGCCUGACUCUUUCAGUUGUGUGUUUGAAGCCAUCUUGGAGUCACACCGGGCCAAGGGCACCUCCUACACCAGCCUUGCCUCACUGGAGGCCCUGGCCUCACCUGGCCCGACCCAGAGCCCCUUUUUCACCUUCGAGCUGCCUCCCCAACCCCCUGCCCCCAGGCCUGAUCCACCUGCUCCUGCCCCACUUGCUCCUCUUGAACCGGAUUCUGGUACCAGCUCUGCUGCUGAUGGGCCUUGGACACAGAGAGGGGAGGAAGAGGAGGCAGAGGCUGGAGCCAAGCAGGCCCCAGGGAGGGAUCCCCCUAGUCCCUGCCACUCAGAAGACAGCUUUGGACUGGGGGCAGCACCCCUGGGCAGCGAACCACCCCUGAACCAGCUGGUGUCUGAUUCGGACUCAGAGCUGGACAGCACAGAGCGGCUGGCCCUGGGAAGCACUGACACCUUGUCCAAUGGGCAGAAAGCAGACCUGGAGGCUGCUCAGCGCCUCGCUAAGAGGCUGUACCGACUAGAUGGCUUCAGGAAGGCGGAUGUGGCCCGGCAUCUGGGCAAGAACAAUGACUUCAGCAAACUUGUGGCUGGCGAGUACCUGAAGUUUUUUGUCUUCACGGGCAUGACUCUGGACCAAGCUCUCAGGGUAUUUCUCAAGGAGCUGGCCUUAAUGGGUGAGACCCAGGAACGGGAACGUGUGCUGGCCCACUUCUCCCAGAGAUACUUCCAGUGUAAUCCUGGAGCCCUGUCCUCAGAGGACGGUGCGCACACGCUGACCUGCGCCCUCAUGCUACUCAAUACGGAUCUCCACGGCCACAACAUCGGGAAGCGCAUGACCUGCGGAGACUUCAUUGGUAACCUGGAAGGCCUCAACGAAGGCGGCGACUUCCCCAGAGAGCUGCUCAAGGCCUUGUACAGCUCCAUCAAGAAUGAAAAGUUGCAAUGGGCCAUAGACGAGGAGGAGCUGAGACGCUCUCUGUCUGAGUUGGCCGACCCCAACCCCAAGGUCAUCAAGAGGGUCAGCGGGGGCAGUGGCAGCGGCUCCAGCCCUUUCCUGGACCUGACUCCCGAGCCCGGGGCUGCAGUCUACAAGCACGGCGCCCUGGUGCGAAAGGUGCACGCAGACCCUGACUGCAGGAAGACACCUCGGGGCAAGCGUGGCUGGAAGAACUUCCAUGGGAUCCUCAAGGGCAUGAUCCUCUAUCUGCAGAAGGAGGAGUACCAGCCUGGGAAAGCCCUGUCGGAAGCUGAGCUUAAAAACGCCAUCAGCAUCCACCACGCGCUGGCCACGCGGGCCAGUGACUAUAGCAAGAGGCCACACGUCUUCUACCUGCGCACUGCUGACUGGCGGGUCUUCCUCUUCCAGGCCCCGAGCCUGGAGCAGAUGCAGUCCUGGAUCACUCGCAUCAACGUGGUGGCUGCCAUGUUCUCCGCACCCCCCUUCCCAGCUGCCGUCAGCUCCCAGAAGAAGUUCAGCCGCCCUCUGUUACCCAGCGCUGCCACCCGCCUCUCCCAGGAGGAGCAGGUGCGGACCCACGAGGCCAAGCUGAAGGCCAUGGCAAGUGAGUUGCGGGAGCAUCGGGCCACGCAACUGGCCAAGAAGGCCCGCGGCAAGGAGGCUGAAGAGCAGCGGCAGAAGGAGGCGUAUCUGGAGUUUGAGAAAUCCCGCUAUGGCACGUACGCAGCGCUGCUUCGGGUCAAGAUGAAGGCAGGCAGCGAGGAGCUGGAUGCAGUGGAGGCAGCAGUGGCCCAGGCCGGCGGCACGGAGGAUGGACUCCCUCCUCCUCACUCCAGUCCCUCCCUGCCGCCCAACAACUCCAGCCAGCCCCGGGCUCAGUGUCCUGACUCAGAGGCUCGGGCAGGGGCAGGCAGUGGGCGGUGGAAGCCCUGA